AUGCAGGACGAACAGCAUGAGGAAUUGCCACCUAGCCCUUCAUUCGAGACGCUAGAUUCAUUGAGGCAAGACAAUGACAAUGAAGCGAUACAACCUCCCAAUGCUCCGUCGCCAAUUCUUGAGCGACGGGUGGCGUCAUCUGACGCCUUUCCGCCUCAGUUGUCUUCGCGCCAUCGCUGCGGUGAAGGGAGCAACGCCCCGUCCUUGUUGAAUCUCAACCGGCAGCUCGAGGAUUUGUCGCGUGAUAUCCAACAGCUCAACGCCCGUUGCAGGUCCGACUCCAUGCCGAAUAUCAACAAGACACCCCUGAGGCCACAACAUCUUCUUCCCGAAAAGCAACUUCAGUUGCUCAAGCAGCGGCUUCCGCACCUCAACAGUGCCUUGUCGGCGCGAGGCGCUUCGACGCCAUCAAGAACAGGGCGAGAGUCAUCGCAGCGCCGCCAAGACGCACUUCCCACAGUGUCACCCAGUCCCCCACGAUCGCGCUGCGCCACAUCAGUCACGCGCCCGUAUCAAAGCAAACAAGAAACACCGUGCUCUUCUCGCGUUUUUCCCGGACGAGCCUCGGAACGGCCCAUUGCAUCUCCUUCUUCUCCAUCAAUUGCAGCAAACAUGGAUUCCGUCACCCCAGCAGCUGUUACCGAAGACCCGCAGGCGGACGGCAAGCAAUGUGCGAUAAUGCGAACACGCGGCGGCCGCAUACGCGUCGUUGUGCGUAAGCGGCCGUUGCCCCCGGAUGAAAACAGUUGUGAUUGUGUUUCUAUGGACCCACCUAAUGUGAAGGUUGCGGUGCGGAAGCAGCGUGUGGACCUUACGGAGUAUGCGGAUGUGAAUGACUUUACCUUUGAUGACGCUUUCGGUGAGGAUAAACACAAUGAACAUGUGUUCAAUUCGUGUUGUAAGGAACUCCUAGAGACAACAUUGCAAGGUGGUAGUGCCUCAUGUUUCGCAUAUGGCCAAACAGGAAGUGGCAAAACGCAUACAAUGCUUGGUAACAGCGGAGAGCGUGGCCUUUAUAUAUUAGCCGCCGCCGCCAUUUUCAGUUCAUUAGAGAAGGAUCAGGAGGUGUAUGCCUCGCUCUAUGAAAUUUACUGUAACUCGCUGUUUGACUUGCUCAACAAUCGCUCGCCCGUCGUGGUCCGUGAGGAUCAUAACCGUCGCAUGCAGAUAACCGGCCUUACGUGGCAUGCCGUUACGUCGGCUGAGGAGCUUCAGCUGCUGAUCAACAGUGGAGCUGACCAGCGGAGUACUGGAAGCACAACUGCUAAUGAACGUUCCAGCCGUUCCCACGCAGUGCUCACCAUUCAGGUUAGGGAUCGCGAGGACAACAGGUUCUGUGGCACGCUGAACCUUGUGGAUCUAGCAGGUAGCGAACGCGCGGCCGAUACCGCCACUAAUGAUCGUCAGACACGGCAGGAAGGUGCGGAAAUUAAUAAAUCAUUACUCGCCCUCAAGGAGUGUAUCCGUGCGCUAGACGAAAAGAAGAAGCAUGUUCCCUUCCGUGGGUCGAAGUUGACGGAGAUUCUACGGGACAGCUUCAUUGGAAAUAGUCGUACUGUUAUGAUUGCUAACAUAUCGGCAUCGUCACAAAACUACGAGCACACCCUCAACACACUGCGAUAUGCCUUUCGCGUGAAAGGUUUGAGCAUUGUCAAUUUUGAGCCGAGCCGCGCCCGCAAUGCACCACGGCCACUGAAACCAAUUGUCCCAGACGUUAAUCCUGCGCAGGGUGUCCCUUUGAUGAGCGGUGUGCCGUCAAGAACAACACCAGGUCGAAGGAGAACAGCAUCAUCAAACGUUACCUCGCAUGCUGCCGCGGGAGCUGCAGCUCCUCCAGCCGCUAGCCAUGCCAAAGGAUACAAUUCUAUGGUUCCUGUUACUACUAGACGCAAUGUCUCGUCCAACAAUACGCCCUUCAACUUGCGAAACAACGCUGGCAGUCCCUUCCGUGGCGGUGCGCAGGGGAACAACGUCGACUCAAGGGCCGACGAUGAACAAGUCGCUGAGUACGUUCGACGACUCACACGAGAAAAGGUGAUGAAUAUCCUCCCGCAGACGAAAUUGAAUGAAGCACGUGAACAGCCGUCCCCCAAGAACGACUACAGUCUGCAAGAUGAAAGCUGCAGCUUUUCCUUUAACCAUGAGUUGAUGAAAGAACUAGAGGACCGUGUUGUGGAAGAGAUCAAGGCUGAGUUGACGAAGGCCAUCAAAGAUGUUUUGCUGAAACGCGACAAGACAUUUCUCAGGCUCCGCCGUGAGAAGGCGCUGUUAAUGAGGGCAAAUACGGAAUUAGAGAAGCGUAUGGCCGAUUGUCCCCACUGUAAGGGGCAAGCAAUUCGACCGGUGCAGCAGCAACCGAAUUAA